AUGACGCCUGGCCGGGUGUCCGUGAUUUGCGAUGACAAGGUCUGGACAGAUCCUGAAAUACAGCUGAAGGACUUUUGGAAGGAAGGUUGCACCCUUACUGCGCUGGAAACCCCUGCUUGGGGAGUCGCCAGGCUUGAGACACUCAAAGCCAAGUUUCUCAAGCAUGGCAAGUUGGAGAAAGAGGCAGAUGGAUGCCGAAAGCAUGAUGCUGAGCUGCCGGACGGCCUAGCGCUCCCAUCCAUCCUCAUUGAGCUGAUGAAGAUGGGGGUCAAGUGGACCUUCAAGGACUUAUUCCACCUUGAGAUCUUUGUGCUGACAGACGAGGCUAACCUAUCUAUUUUCGGCGAUGAGGAGUGUCGCGAGGAUUGGCGGGAAGAGCAUGGCGAUGACACCUGUGCAAACACUUGGUGGCUUUGCAUUGGGAACUCGUCUGAGUAUGACUACUACUACGUCAAUGCCAAAGAGGAUUCACCAGAUUUCGGUCAAGUCCGGCACAUAGUGAACAACUGCGAUGAGGAGAGCAUUUACACUCAAGCGCCUUUCGACAACUUCCUCGACGCGGUGGAACGCUACGUUGAUGCUCAGGAGAGGCUCCAGACGGACAGUGACGAAGAAGGCACCAAUUUCAGUGAGUACAAUCGAGAGCCCAUUGGACGCAAACCACCAAAGCGACACAGACUAUGA